CUCCUUUUUUGAUGACGACCAUGAACAGCUGUCUGGCAAUACGAUAUUUGAAGGUACAGUCCGCACCACAGCCUCCGGAAAAGUCGUAUAUAACCGUACAAAUUAAAAAAAGACAACUACUCCUCGGGUUUACCUCGGCUUCCUUAAUCAAUUUCAUUGCCUAACGUUUUUGAGGUUCGUUUAAUGAAUGCGUUACUUUGAGUGUAGCGUAAGUCUUCGUAGGUGUUUCUCACUGCAUAGGUUCUGUACAUUAGCAUUCCCUCGUCAUUAUGUCGCCUACUACGCGCACGUUAAGGCUCCCUUCAAAGCUUCGUUAGGGAGAUGCAACAGGAUUUUUAUUCCGUCAUAUAGUUUCAGCUCUGUGGCAAAUAAUCGGACAUGUUGGAGCUGCAACAGGUUAGUACCAAAUGUAGCAUUUUUCUGUGAAUGUGGCAUGUUACAGCCGUUUAAUGAUAACUGGACCUACUUUGACGUUCUGGGGUAUUCAUGUCCACAAAUAGUUGUCGAUAUAAACGAUCUUACUGAUCGGAUGAGACGGACUCAAAGAAUAUUGCACCCAGACAAAUUCAGCAAGAAAUCUUCAUAUGAAAGAAAAAUUGCUUCAGAUGCUUCUGCACUUGUAAAUAAGGCAUAUGAUAUCUUGCGAAAGCCGGUGAGUCGUUUCGAAUACAUUCUAAAUCUUCAUGGAAUAUCGACUGAUGAUUCGUGCUUUCAGAAGUCAGAUAAUUCAGUUUUUCUGUCAGAAGUGAUGCAGAUCAGGGAAGAAGUUGAAGAAGUGAUCUACACAAUUACAAAUUUUGAUGGCUCAGGAAGUGAUUUAAGUGCACUGACAAACAAUCUCAGUAAGCUUGUUAAUGACCUUCGCCGAAGGCUGAAUGAUGAAGAGAAAACCAUUGUCAGUAACAUUGAAAAAUCAGACUGGUCCAGUGCCUUGGUUUCCCUUUCUCAGUAUAAGUAUAUUAUGAAGAUACAAGAGCAACUGCGUGAACACGAGCUGAUCUGGAAACAGCUGGGAAUCAAUGUUACCACCGCUUAAAAGCGACAUUGCAAAAACUGAUAUACUUGUUUAUUUGCAGUUACUACUCUACCUAUCCUACUAUUUUCCUUUAAAGUAAGAGAUUUUAUACAGAAUGAAGCUAUGGAAAACAGUGUUUUUCCCUUAAGAUGGGUGAAUUGACAUUUGUGCGCCGAAGUUUUGACAAUUUAAAAUAAACUAUAUUCCGUG